GAGAGCGCCGCUGUGCACGGGUCACGUGACUGGGGACAACAAAGCUGGGCGCCGUGCACAGGGCGCACUUCCCGCACAGGACUGCGGGUGGAAGCAGCCCACACCGAGGAGGAGGGGGCGUCCAGUCAUUCAUGGUGUAUGUAUGCGGCUGCAUGACGCGCUCUCUCUCAGGAGACCGGAGCCGCCGCUGAGCUGACACCACACUGCUGCCUGACACCCCAGCCAGCUCAGGAGCCAUGUCCCUGCCGCUGCCCAAGAAGGGCUUCUACCGCCAGGAGGUCAACAAGACGAUGUGGGAGGUGAAGGAGCGCUACCGGGACCUGCUGCCUGUGGGCUCCGGAGCCUAUGGCACUGUGUGCUCAUCCAUUGACAAUAGGACAGGAACAAAAGUGGCCAUCAAGAAGCUUUACCGUCCUUUUCAGUCGGAACUCUUUGCAAAACGAGCAUACAGGGAGCUGAGGCUUCUGAAGCACAUGCAGCAUGAGAAUGUUAUUGGCCUACUAGAUGUAUUUACUCCUGACUUGUCCCUGGAAAAAUUCACUGACUUUUAUCUGGUUAUGCCUUUCAUGGGCACAGACUUGGGCAAGAUAAUGAAACACGAGAAACUGUCAGAAGAUAGAAUUCAGUUUCUAGUAUAUCAGAUCUUGAGAGGUUUAAAGUACAUCCAUUCGGCUGGUAUAAUACACAGGGAUCUAAAGCCUGGAAAUCUAGCUGUGAAUGAAGACUGUGAACUGAAGAUCCUGGAUUUUGGACUGGCAAGGCACACAGACAGUGAAAUGACAGGUUAUGUGGUGACCAGAUGGUACCGAGCGCCGGAGGUGAUUCUCAAUUGGAUGCACUAUACACAGACAGUGGACAUCUGGUCUGUUGGCUGUAUCAUGGCAGAGAUGUACACUGGGCGCCCACUUUUCAAGGGUAAUGACCAUCUGGAUCAGCUGACUGAAAUCAUGAAAAUUACAGGGACACCAACUCAGGAUUUUGUGCAGAAACUUCAAAGCCCUGAUGCAAAAAACUAUAUCAAGAGUCUCCCAAAAGUGCAAAAGAAAGACUUUGGAUUAUUGCUGCGAUAUGCAAACCCUCUAGCUGUCAGUCUCCUGGAAAAGAUGCUGGUGCUGGAUGCAGAAAAAAGAAUAACGGCCACAGAUGCUCUAUGUCAUCCUUACUUUGAGCAGUUCCAUGAUUCUGACGAUGAGAUGGAAGCAGAUCCCUAUGACGAUUCAUGUGAUAAUGUAGAUCUCCCUGUUGAUGAAUGGAAGUGUCUUACUCACAAAGAAGUGACAACAUUCCUUCCACCAGUGGCCGAGUCCAAGGAAACAUCUGUAUAGUUGGCUGUAAGGCUCCAAAAGAAAAAUAGGAUAUAAAUUAUGAGACAUGAACUCUGAAACUGGAUAACUGGAUAUAUAUGCGUUUUCAGUCAUCUGUGUCAUUGUUUUCAUUCCAGUUGGGGAUAUAUAGUGCCUUUUUGUAUUUCUUUUAAGUGGGGAUUUUUGUCUUGCCUAUUUGUCUGCAGAGUGUACUGUAUCAACGAGAAGUAUUGUGAAUAUACUGGUAGCAUUGAGUCAACUCUGCGGGCCUCCUGUGUUUCUAAGCAAAGUGCUCUGUCUCUGUAGCAGUGAGAUAUUGCUGGUAUACUGUACUUCCGUAGAUGUAGAUUUGGGCAAGCCCUGUCACAUUCCAAUACACUCUGCAGUAUUAUUAUGAAUAAUAAACAUUUUAAUUAAAGUGCA